AUGCCUGCUCACAGGAGUCGCAUGGCGUUUGAGCCUAUGCCACCAGGCCUCGAUAUCAAUGCGGUCGUCGAUUCCACCCCCAACUUUGAGUUUGCGAUGCGAAUUACUUGCGACUCAGUCAACCAAUUUCCGUUGGCAGACUUCGAGAAGUUGGUACUGUACCAAGUCGUUCUCUCCGGAAAACCGCUUGUUAUUGAAGGGUUCCAAAGUCACUUAGACCAAGAGCUCUUCUCCGAGAAAUGGCUUCGUGAACGUUACUCGUCCAAAGUUGAGGUCGUGCGCGACUUGACGAAGAAGAAAAAUGCCUUUUUCAGCAUAGGCCACUACCUCGAGAACCUACCGCUCCUCGCACGUCAGAUGACCGCGGAUCACUACGACCUCAAAGCACGCCAGCGUCUGUACAUGAAAGACAUCGACUGCCCGCCGGAAUGGCAUCAAUACAUUGAGGACAUAAUCCCACCAUCUCUUUUCUAUCUCAACGAGGCACCCAAGGAUUUUAAGGGCCCUGCCUCGGGAAAAUCAAAUGUAUCUGAGAUUCCGCGAACUGCGGAACAGCAGCUGAUCGCUCCGGCUGGGGAUCUGAUGAGCAGCCUGCCUCCAAAUAUGCGAGCCGAAAAUUUGAUGUGCUACAUUGGCCACGAAGGGACUUAUACUCCGGCACACCAAGAAAUGUGUGCUAGUUUAGGUCACAAUCUCAUGGUCGAUGCUUCCUGUCGAGGCCGAGAGAACGGGCAAGCGACCACGGAGGGCUCGUCAAUAUGGCUCAUGACUGGCACCAAAGAUCGGCACGUGGUUGCGGAGUAUUGGCUGUCUGUCCUCGGUCAUGACAUUGACAUCGAGGAUUUCUUUGCUCCCUUGCAUGCUUGGCAAAUUGCACCGUUCACUACCUUUGUGGUUGACCAAAAGCCCGGUGAUUUGAUCCUGGUGCCACCACUGGCCGCUCAUCAGGUGUGGAACCGCGGAACCCGCACCAUGAAAGUUGCGUGGAAUCGAACGACGGUUGAUACCCUUGAAAUGGCCUUGAAUGAAGCUCUACCCCACGCAAGGAUGGUGUGUCGUGAUGAGCAAUACAAGAACAAAGCCAUUGUGUUCUUCACCCUGGAACGCUACUGGAAAUUAUUACAACGGGCAAAAAAUGUCAAACAUCCCGUCGUUGAUCGAAUGUGGGUGGACUUCAAACGACUGUUCAAUUUGUACAAAAACAUUCUGUUGUCCGAGAGCUUUCCCCUGAAGAAGCUGGAAAAAACCGUGGAAUUCACCGAGUACCAGAGCAACGUGACUUGUUCUUUCUGUCGCUGCAACAUCUUCAAUCGAUUCCUCACCUGCAACGGCUGUGCAGAUGUGAAACACCAUGGAGAAGAACUGGGUGCGUAUGACGUAUGUAUGGACUGUUACGCGAUGGGUCGAAGCUGUGCAUGCAUCUCAAAGCUUCAGUGGGUGGAACAGUUUCCCAUCAAGCAGCUGACCGAGAAAUAUGAUUCAUGGCGUCGACUCAUCGUUUCCUCAGACGAGGAUGACAAGGAGAUCAAGCACAAGUUUCCGACUUUCGUGGUCGCCCGAGGACAGGCGGGCAAAAAAUCAAUUGCUCAGAUAUGCCAGGAGCAGCUGGCCCGUCGUCCGUGGAUUGAUGCUAAGAAUCCCCAACCGGUUACCAAACCGACACGGAGACAAUCAAAGAAAGGAAGUGACCCGGAUGACGAUGACGACGAAGACGGUACGCCUCGGAAGAAGAGAAAGACUCGACCAUCGAUUACCAAAAAGCCCGAGGACACGAAUCGUUGUCACGUCUGCCUCCAUCAAGAAAUGAACUGGAAACUAGCAACUUGCUCAAAUUGCGACCAGCGGUACUGUUACGGCAGUCUGUACCGGGCUUUCGAGAUCCUCCCCCACGAAGCAAUGGAGAAGCACCACUGGCUGUGCCCCAAGUGCCGAAAGGUGUGCAGCUGCGGCGCUUGUCAACACGAUCCCAACAUGAAGCCCUACGAGCCAAACUGCACAGUACUGGGUCAUGACACCAGCUCGGUCGCCGAUCCGCGCAGUAUUGAAUCACUAGUCGACUUCCGCAAAUCCAAUCUCUGGUGGCUUAAGAAAUUCCGGGGCGAUGAUGUACAUGGGCGCAUCGAAAAGCGUCAACGCGAGGCUCAGCAGGCUGAACUUGAACGACACAUCAAACUGCAAGCUCAAGGGUUCAAAUUCGAGACAAGCCCGUUUGAUCAGCCCACUCAGCGCGGUCAGAACGGCCACCAAAAUGGCUACGAUGCAGACAUGCCUGUCGAUCCAUCCCUGAUGGAAGAAAUGCACCCUGGCCAUGACUUGGUUCUUGCGUGA